UCUGUAAUUCCCACGUUGCGUCCAGCACCAGCCUCCUCUGAGCUCCUCUCUGGUUUCCAGAAUCAGCCACAGAAACUCCCAAGAAGCAGCUGUGUGAGGCUGAGGAUUAAAACUCUACGCGUGGAAGUUAAAGAUAGACGAAUCAGCUAUGACGGGAAAACUUUUCAAGCGUUCCUGCAUCUCAUCAGAUCUCUGAACAGUUUUAAUGCGAUUUUAGACUUUUACUGUAAUGUUUUUGACUUUGGAUGCCCUGAAUAAUCAGAUCGUCUCGCAUCAAUGCCCAUCCCCCUAUGGAUUCAUCUUUUUCUGGGGAAUCAAACCAUUUUGAAAUUAAAACACUCAUGGUAAAGUUCUCUAAAGUUCUCUAAAGUAUGGAAUUUUGUUUGAAAAUUCUGCUUUUUACAACUUUUGUUUCCUGUUUUAAGGUUUACGCUCAGGCACUGCCAAAUAAGAAGCAUCCAGGCCUGCAGGUGCUGGCCACAGCUUCACACUACUGGCCGCUUGAUGCGGUGGAUGGAAUCCACGAGCUGUUGGACAAGAAUGGAAACAGACCGGGUUAUGUGAACGGGACCAACAUAAACAUUGUUGAAGGAAUGGUAAACAAAGGUAUCUUCUUGAACGGCGAUAAUGGCGGGACCUUCCUUCAUUUUGGAAACUACCAGAACUCUUGCAUUAGUGAUCCCACGUUGUGCAGUCCUAAGGGUAUCACCUUCUCCUUUUUUUGGAAAAACUACGAGGUUGAUGCCCGUUUUGCUCUAGCCUCCGGAGGGAAAGUUAUCUCCAACGGCUUCUCGGUCUUCACCAACCCUUUAGUGGGACACGUGGAGAUUUACGCUCGAGGAAACAGCCACAGAUGGAAGGCCAAGAUCCCACUUCCAGAUCAAUUCUGGACCAACGUCCUCUUCACAUGGACCAUGAAGGAAGGUCUGAAGGUUUACAUCAAUGGGACCUACAGUGCUGGAGACCCAAAAGGCGAUGUCUCGGGGAACUAUGGAGACGAGCAUUCGGACCUUGUGAUAGGAACAGGCAACAACAUGGCUUAUCGUCAUUAUGUCACAGGAGCCUUUGAUGAGUUUGUCAUCUGGGAAAGAGCCCUUUCACCUCACCAGAUCCUGCUCUACUACAAUGCAGCAAUAGGUCAGGAUUUGGUUUCUACCACAACACCGGGAGACUACAAAGAGGUCACUUCUGCUGCACCAACAGCUAGAGGCACCAGGGCGAGUCCUCCCAUCAUCAACGGACAACAAGAUGGGGCCCAAAGCUCAAAGGGGUCCAGCUCAUUGCCAGUGUUGGACUUCCUCACCACCCUGUCCAACGGGACAAUUCCUCAUAACACUGCCAACAACCUCACACAGGCUUUUCUCCGAAGUGUGGAAGAAGUCCUGUCCUCUUCAGGAUUGCCAGAGCAGCAGUCCACCCCGGUGGUCAGCAGCCUGAUCCAGACAGUGGACAGAGUGAUGGAGCAAAUGGUGACCAAGCUGGAGCCCACCCCCCUCUCCCCCUUUUCUCUGGGUGGAACGUCUUUAGUUGCAGAUUAUUCUCUGACAAAAAUCCCACAGAACUUCAACCUGCUGAAUUACCGCUUCCCCUCGCUGGGGAAGAGCUACAUCUCUGUGCCUGGGGAGGCCUUCACCAUGCAGGCUCAGACCACUAUUGUGGGUCUCUACUACCACAACAUGCACAAGUACUACAAAGAGAUCAGUCCCGUGAAGACCAGGAUUAAGGGAUCAGCUGAUUACAAGGAUCACAGCAUACAGGUAGCUAGCUGUCUGAUCUCUCUGAAAGUGGAGCCUUUACCAGCUUUGUCAGUGAACCUCUCUGGAGCGCCGCUCAUCAGAAUCGUCCUCACACAUGUUUUGACAAAAGAACAGCAAGACCAGCUUCUAAAUCAGAGCAACAAAGUUUUCCUCUACUGCGCCUAUUUGGACUACAGCUCUAAAGAGGGAGUUUGGUCUAAUGAAGGCUGCGUACGCUCCGAGGGAAAUAUGUCCUAUUCUGUGUGCUUGUGCAACCACCUCACUAACUUUGCCAUCCUCAUGCAAGUUGUCCCCUUAGAGCUCACCACUGACCACAAGAUGGCGUUAUCAACCAUUGGUUACAUAGGAUGCUCAAUUUCCAUCUUCUGCCUCACCAUCACUCUGGUCACCUUUGCUGUCCUCUCGUCAGUCAGCACCAUCCGUAACCAACGCUACCACAUCCACGCCAACCUGUCCUUCGCCAUCUUAGUGGCUGAGGUCUUGCUGCUCAUCAGCGCUCGCUUUGACCCGGGCACGCUGUCCUGUAAGAUCAUGGCUGUCCUGCUUCACUUCUUCUUCCUGAGUGCUUUUGCCUGGAUGCUGGUGGAGGGCCUCCAUCUCUACAGUAUGGUGGUGAAGGUGUUCGGCUCUGAGGGCAGCAAACACUUCUACUACUACGGCAUUGGCUGGGGUUGUCCCCUGCUGAUCUGUAUCGUGUCCAUCACGUCGGCCUUUGACAGCUAUGGGGACAACUGCUGGCUGUCACUGAAGACAGGAGCCAUCUGGGCGUUCGUGGCUCCGGCUCUUUUUGUAAUUGUGGUGAACAUCGGUAUCCUGAUAUCUGUGACCAGGAUCAUAUCUCGGAUAAGCGGGGAGAAUUACAAGGUUCAUGGAGAUGCCAAUGCAGUCAAGCUGACGGCCAAAGCAGUGGCGGUUCUCCUGCCCAUUCUGGGCAUUUCCUGGAUCUUUGGUGUCCUCGCUGUCAACACUCACUCUUUGCCCUUCUUGUAUAUCUUUGCUGUUUUCAACUCAUUACAAGGUUUUUUUGUCUUCUUGUUCCAUUGUCUCCUUAACUCUGAGGUCAGAGCUGCAUUCAAACACAAAACCAAAGUGUGGUCUCUCACCAGCAGCUCCAUCCGAAACAUCAAUGUGAAGCCAUUCAACUCAGACAUCAUGAAUGGGAACAAGGAGUGUGUAAUGCCAACUAAGAUGAACACAUGGGACAAAAGCACCAACUCAGCCAACCGUAUCGACCUCUCUGCUGUGUAGAAAGCUGUUUGUGUCAGUACCAGCAGUGCACCAGCUCCAUUGAGCCAUUUACGUACAGAGGAAGUUGGGUUCCAACUGCAUAAUCUAGUACUUCAGCUCGAUUAGAACCAGUUCACCACCAGCCAGAUUAAUAGGGUUACAUGCAUUUUAAAGGUGUGGAGCACUGAAAACCCCUUUUUAAAUCUGAUUUCUGAUUAUAAUCAGCCACUGUGAGUUUUUCAUGCAGGCUGAACAUGAAAACAGUCUCCUACACCUAUCUGCUGCAUUAGCUUCUGAUAGAAAAUAGAUGGUGAAACUCUCGGAUAUGAAAAGCCUGACAGAUCUACUUCACAGUGUGGCUUAACAUUCGUAGUCUCACCCAUCUUGACUCAUGACGGGGAAGGCUGUUGCUUUAGCGUCCAGGGGAGCACAGAAGCUAACCGUUAGCAUUAGCAACUCCACAACACAGCAGAAGCUCCUUCAGACUUGUGUUAUUUGUGGAGCUAAAACAUUCAUGUUUCAAGUCAGUGGUCGAGUCACGUUGCUGUUAUCCAAUCAAGGGGGAGGUGUCUAAAUAUCAGGAAAAAAGACUCCAAACCCAUCUGAAGCUCAGCUGUGAUGUGGCUCAUUUCUACUUCCUGGAAAUGGUGCACUGGUGUUUUUUGCCCCCGAGUACGACUUACAAGGCAUUCAUUCCUACUAGAGGCCAUGUAUUGAUUAAACGAGUGUUCCACGCCUUGAAAAACAACAUUGGUCUAUUUAAGGCAAUUUCAGAUGUGAAUGUAAACACACUGGUUGGUGGCAGGAGACCAGUUUGUGGCUCACUCUGGUGAAAAUGGAAAGCCCUGGCUGGAGGAUUUUCCCUCUGUGGUAUAGUUAAAAAGACAAUGAAGGUUUGACUUAAAGGAAGUCAUUUGCAUGAUAGGGUCCCCCUUAAAGACAAGCGGACUCAUGUGGCUGCGCCUUUUGGUUUAGGUUUUAUUUGUCUGUUAAUUCUCUUCUCUGUAAAUUAGCUUAUUGCUGCAUUACUGAAAGGUACAGGGUGGAUAUUAAAUCCAUAGUUUUAGAUAAAAAUUAGGUGAUCUGCUUUGACAAAGGCACACAUACCAGAAAAUCUGCUUUUAUGUAAGUAACAGCAAGAACACAAAACCUGUCAAAGCAUAUUUCUGUUAAAUUAGUCAAAUCUGGCUUCUGUGGGUGAGGUUUUGUCUCCAUGUAUCUGCAUUUUUAUUUAUGUAUGCAGUGGUAGGACCUCAUAAACAUAAACGUUAAAGUUUGGCCCCUAACCAUUCAAAAGUAAAAGUGUUAAAUUCAUUAAAAGGAACAUUUAAAUUUAGAUCCAAGUGUCUGUGGGUAAGAAGUUUAAGCUGAAGAGGGUGAAAUAUUAGUGUCAGUCUCAGACAUUAAUGUCCCCAUGUAAGGAGGCAGGGAUGAAGGAGGUUAAACUACUAAAAUCUAAAUCUACAAUAAUCUACUUCAAAUGUUUUUGAGUCACGUAUAUUCUGUUGUAAAGCUGCCAUAAAACAACUAAAUAUGACCAAAGUGGUCAACAAAUAAUCCAUGUGCAAGCUUUUAUUGAACGAAGAAAACAAUGUCAGCGGAAGCAACCCGUGUUCAAAAACCUAGUUCAUUUCUCAUUAUCGUCGU